UGACAUCACCGCAUUCCCGUCCCGGCUCCUCCCGUCCGCACCGCAGUGACAGGAGAGUCGGGCCCGGUGGCGAAGAGGAAGUGCGGGCCCACCACACCGAGCGCGUCCCCGCAGAAGUCGGCUCCCUGGGCGCUGGGGUGACUGUGCCGCCGCCGCGGGGCGCAGCGCCGGGCACGCGCCGGGCAGAGCCGAGCGCCAGGCGGACCCUCCAGCAGAGACGCAGGGAAAAUGGCUGAUGACUUUGGCUUCUUCUCGUCGUCGUUGAGCGGGGCCCCCGAGGCGGCCGAGGAGGACCCGGCGGCUGCCUUCUUGGCCCAGCAGGAAAGUGAGAUCGCGGGCAUAGAGAAUGACGAAGGUUUCGGGGCACCUGCCGGCGGCCAGGCGGUCCUGGCGCAGCCGGGACCCGCGAAUGGGGCUGGUUCUGAGGACAUAGGGACCACGAUCAAUGGAGAUGUGUUUCAGGAGGCCAAUGGCCCAGCUGAUGGCUAUGCCGCCAUUGCCCAGGUUGACAGGCUGACACAGGAACCCGAGAGCAUCCGCAAAUGGAGAGAGGAGCAGAAGAAACGGCUGCAGGAGCUGGAUGCUGCCUCCAAGGUGACAGAACAGGAGUGGCGGGAGAAGGCCAAGAAGGACCUAGAGGAGUGGAACCAGCGCCAGAGUGAACAAGUUGAAAAGAACAAGAUCAACAACCGGGCAUCUGAGGAGGCUUUCGUGAAGGAAUCCAAGGAGGAGACCCCAGGCACAGAGUGGGAGAAGGUGGCCCAGCUGUGUGACUUCAACCCCAAGAGCAGCAAGCAGUGCAAAGACGUGUCCCGCCUGCGCUCGGUGCUCAUGUCCCUGAAGCAGACGCCGCUGUCCCGCUAGGUGGCAGCCACAAGCAUGGCCACUGAGCAGGGGCUGGCCCUGGCAGAGGAGCAGCUGCUUUGGGCAGGGGUGGGGGAAAUGCCUCCAGCAGCUGCUGCACACAGCCUACUGGGUUCCUCCCCAUCUCCCAGGACUGGGAGGGGGAACCCUCCCCCUCCUCCCCCACCCUCCCUCCUGGCCUUGUGGCCCAGCCCCUCACACCCCCUCAGUCCACAAAGUUGUGACUGUCCCUCCUGAUGUAUUUUUUUUUCUUGGCUUAAAGGGUGUGUUGUUAACUCUUUUUACAUUUAUUUAUUAUCACUCUCAUUU